AUGUCCGAACUCCGCGCCAAGCAAACACGAAAUUUGAUGACAUCAUUCAACGUAAUCUACGCAUUCAUGGAGCAUUAUGAAGACACCAGGCAUUGCAGUGAGCUGGCUUCGCGGUUGGAGAAGUUAGAGCCACUGUGGGAGAAGAUAGACGAAGCUAUGACGGAGACGGAAUUAGCCGACAGUGAGGAAGGAGCGGCAGGAGAGAGGUACGUUAAGGAACGAGUGGACUUCCAGAAUAAAUUCUUUAUCCUUAAGGGAUUCUUGGUCUCUAAAAUUCGGGAUAGCCCCGAGCAUAACUGUGCCCUGCAAACAUCUCAGGUUUUGGAGUCCACUUUUGCACCCCCGCACCCGCAUGUUAAGCUGCCUUUGAUUAGUCUUCCCAAGUUUUCUGGCAACGUGCAGGAGUGGUUGUCUUUUCGCGAUUUGUUCAUCUCAUUGAUACAUUUCUCGACGGACUUGCCGGACAUCGAAAAAUUCCACUAUCUUAGAAGUCAGUUGGAAGGGGAGGCGUUAGCAGUAAUAGCGUCAUUACCACUUACGCAGACUAACUACACUGUGGCUUGGGAAUUACUGGUCAAACGGUACUCGAACAGUAAGUGUCUUAAGAAGAAGCAGGUACAAAAUCUAUUCGAUUGUGCAGUCAUGCGGAAAGAAUCAGCAGUGGAACUGCACAAAUUGGUUGAAGGUUUCGAGAAAGCUACCAAGGUCCUAGAUCAGGUGGUGCAGCCAGGCGAUUACAAGGAUCUACUGCUGAUUCAUCUGAUGUGUUCAAGGCUGGAUGAUAAAACGCGGCGAAGCUGGGAAGAACAUGCGUCGACUUUGGAGGAGGAAGGCUUCAAGGAUUUGAUGGAGUUUUUGCUUCGACGCAUCAGGGUGUUGGAUUCUUUACCAAGUAGGCAAUCAGAUACCCAACCCCCAAUGGUUAAAAAGGCUUAUUCAUCUAAGGUCGCUAGCCAUGGAGCAGUCCAAUCGACUCAAUCCAAAUGUUUCUCUUGUUCCGACACGCAUCCACUUUUCACGUGUCCAGUUUUCGGUAAAUUGGCCGUCAUCGAAAGGGAAAAACUGCUGCGGCAACAUUCGUUGUGUAUGAACUGUUUCCGGAAAGGGCAUCAGGCGAAGGAAUGUUCAUCCAAGUUUUCGUGUCGACGAUGUAAGGAACGGCACCAUACCUUGGUUUGCUACAAGGAGGAGAAACCCAAUAUUCAGCACACAAAUGGGACUGAAAAUCAAUCCAAAGAGGGAAGGGGUCAUAACUCCACUGAAAGGGUAUCUACAGCUAAUGCCGCGGAAGUCACAUCGGUUAGCAGUAAUAUCGGGCGGUCGGGAUCGAAGGUACUUCUAGCUACAGCGAUAGUUCGCGUGGUUGACGAUUAUGGGCACGAGUUUCCUGCGAGAGCACUCUUGGAUUCCGGAUCAGAGUGCAAUAUUAUCUCCACCCAACUUUCGCAGAAACUGCGUGUCAAGAGAACUAGGGCAGAUAUACAAAUAACAGGUAUUGGGCAGGUUCCAACGAAGACCAGGGAGAAAGUCCGAGCAACAGUCAAGUCUAGGUUAACAGACUAUUCCGAGACCUUGGAGUUUUAUGUACUGACUAAAGUGACCGAAGAUUUGCCCACAUCAACCAUCACUGUGAACAACUUGGAGUUACCUGCUGGAAUUCAGUUAGCAGACCCGGAGUUUUUUAAAACUCACACCAUCGAUUUGCUUCUUGGUGGAGAGUUCUUUUUCGAUUUCUUCCCGACGAAACAACGAAUUGCCCUUGGUGAACAUAUGCCUUCACUCGUUGAUUCGGUAUUCGGAUGGUUGAUGACUGGUCGUUGUGGUUUGAGUCAAGGUGGGGCAUUAACGGUUUGUCAGCAUACGGCAGUUUCAGAGGCGAUCGAGGAUCUCAUGAACAAAUUUUGGGAGUGUGAGGAGGGGCAUCUUUGCUCGAACUAUUCGGUUGAGGAAACCAGGUGCGAAGAAUAUUUCUCUAAGACAGUAAAGCGAAAGGAGGACGGUCGAUAUUUGCUUGGUUUACCAAAAUCUCAGGAUGGCUUGGCUAAACUGGGUGAGUCAAGAUCUACUGCUUUCCGACGUCCGAUGCUGCUCGAACGGCGACUGGCACGAGAUGCGGCGCUAAAGAAAGAGUACCAUACGUUUAUCUCCGAUUACAAGGAUCGUGGACAUUUAAGGAAGGUUGCUGAAGAACAUCCUGGGGCUAUUACUAGCUAUUACUAA